AUGCCCGUGCCCUGUUCGUCUUGUUCCGCUCGCGUCGCCUCUGUUUCCGCGCUGUUUGCUCUGUUCCUCGCCGCCGCUCUGGUCUUGCUUCAGCCCGGCAGCCAGCCGCGAGCUGUGACGGCAUGGCUCCGGAGCGCCGACUACAGCCGGCGGUGCAGCAAGCAGCAACGUUGCAGGCCCGCGCGGAGCGAGGCCGCGUUGCCUAGAGGCAUCAUUGAGAGCCACUCGGACUUGGAGAUGCGAUCCAUUCAUGACGAUCUAACAAGUUGGCCUCCGCCAGCAGAAAGUGGCAAAAGGAGAAGCCUGCUGGCCGUUGCUGCUGGAAUCAAGCAGAAGGAGGUUGUGGAUAGGAUCGCCACCAAGUUCUUCUCCGACGGUUUCAGCAUAAUGAUCUUCCACUACGACGGCGUGGUGGAGCAGUGGGGGGAUCUGCGGUGGAGCAGCGCCGCCGUGCACGUCUCGGCGGUCAACCAGACGAAAUGGUGGUUCGCCAAGCGGUUCCUGCACCCGGACAUCGUCCACGAGUACGACUACAUCUUCGUCUGGGACGAAGACCUUGGAGUGCAGCAUUUUCAUCCUGCCAGAUAUGUGGCGAUUGUUGAAAAGGAAGGGCUUCAGAUAUCACAGCCUGCUCUAGACGCUACCAAUUCCAAGGUUCAUCACUGGAUCACUGCGCGUGCGCGGAAAGGGGGCUUCCAUAGAAGGAUUUACAAGCAAAAGGGAGUCACCAGGUGCUAUGAAAACAGUACGGCGCUUCCAUGCACUGGAUUUGUCGAAAUUGUGGCUCCCGUGUUCUCAAGAGCAGCAUGGCAUUGUGUGUGGCAUAUGAUCCAGAACUAUCUGAUUCAUGCAUGGGGCUUGGACUUCAAAUUCGGCUGUUGCGCUCAGGGGGGUCGGAGUAAGAACGUUGGAGUAGUCGACAGCGAGUACCUCCUUCAUUUGGGCAUCCCCACACUCGGCUCCUCUUCUUCUCCUCCUUCUAAAGACAACAAGAGUAGCUCCGAUGCAGCACCAGGAGAUGAAUCGGAGGCGCCUAUAGAAUCAAUGAUGGCGCCUCCUCCUGAAGCAUCGCCCAGCUUCGGUGACAGAUCAUUGAUUAGGCAUCGGGCUCAAGAGGAACAGGUCCGUUUUCAAGAAAGAUGGAAGUAUGCUACUCAAUCUGAUGCAUGUUGGGUUGAUCCAUAUGUUAACUAA